AUGGAGUUGAAGGGUUCAUGUUCUCGAUGGUUGUCAAUGUUUCAUGUUCUUGAAAACUCUUCUGAGUUGGAACAUUUAUCUAUCGAUGAGCCUGAAGAAUCUUGUUGGAUUGAGCCACAACCAAUUCCCACUUGUAUGCUUUCAAAACUUACAACCUUGAAAUUAAAAAAAUGCAAGGGGAGGAAGUGGGAUUUACAAUUCCUAGAAUACAUUUUGGGGAAUUCUGAGGUUUUGAAGACACUAACAAUCAUCACUUCUGUAAGCUUGACCCCGAAAAAAGAAAUGUGGUUGUGUGCACAGUUGUUAAAGUUUCCUAGGGCUUCAAGGUCUUGCGAGAUUCAUUUUGUUGGGAAUUGGUCUCAUUCUACAUAUAUACUUUCAAAUCCGAAUUUUUCAAUUGCAGGUGAAAAUCAUCCAUUAAUCAGGUGGUCUGAAGAAGAUGAGUUCCAUAAGUGAAAAUGUAGAUAGGCUUACUUGCUUGCCUGAAGAGAUUAUUUCACAUAUACUCUCUCUCAUUCCUAUAAGAUUAGCAGUGCAAACUAGCAUUUUAUCAAAAAAAUGGAGAUACACUUGGAUGUUGCUCAAGAAGCUUGCCUUCAAUGAUUAUCCCUACAUACUUGAUAGAGAUCCCUUAUCAAAAUUUGUAGACUCGGUAUUGGAGCUUUACAAAACAUCCCACAUUGAAGUAUUCCGCUUACACUUUUCUGACAAUUGGGUUCGAAAGUCAAACGUGUCAAAGUGGAUUAAUGAAGCAAUUAGGUUAAAUGUUCGUGAGAUUGACAUACAAGUCAAGCUUCUUGAGUUGCCUCUAAGAUUGUUCACUUGCAAGAGACUCACAAAAUUAAGAUUAAUUGUGAAUUGUAAUGAUCCUGAUGUUUUUAACGUUCCAUCUCCGGUCAUACUUCCUUGUCUAAAAACCCUUGAAAUCAGUGUUAAUGGCAAACCUUGUACCAAUGCAUUUAUACUCAUCAAUGGCUCCCCGACACUUGAAAGUUUAUUUUUAGAAGUAGCAUGGCGCGAUGAUGAAGAAGAAUACAAUUUCAAUAUUCCUACUUUGAAGCGGUUGGAACUAAGAACACGCAAAUGCUUAUCAGUUAUCAACAAAGUUGUUUUGAAUGUCCCUAAUCUUGAAUACUUCCUUGUUGGUGGGGUCUUGUGUUCACUAUUUGUGAUGAAAGAUUUGUCAAAUCUAGUUGAGGCAACUUUUUCUUUUUAUGAAAUAAGAUUUAGUCAUUUGAUGAGUGAGCUUCUAAAAGGAAUAAGUGAAGCCAAAUCACUUUCAUGGUCCACUUCAAAUAUCGAUCUACCAAUUCCAUUGAAUUCACCUCUGCCCAAGUUUCUCAAUUUGAAGCGAUUGGAGUUGAAGGGUUCAUGUUCUCGAUGGUUGUCAAUGUUUCAUGUUCUUGAAAACUCUUGUGAGUUGGAGCAUUUAUGUAUCGAUGAGCCUGAAGAAUUUUGUUGGAUUGAGCCUCAACAAAUUCCCACUUGUAUGCUUUCAAAACUUACAACCUUGAAAUUUAAAAGAUGCGAGGGACGGAAGUGGGAUUUACAAUUCCUAGAAUACAUGUUGGGGAACUCGGAGGUUUUGAAGACACUAACAAUAAUCACUUCUGAAAGCUUGCACCCCAAGGGAGAAAUGAGGUUGUGUGCGCAGUUGUUGAAGUUUCCAAGGGCUUCAAGGUCUUGUGAGAUCCAUUUUGUUGGGAAUUCGACUUAUAACUAGUUUUUUUCCCAAGAAGAAUAUAUAUUUAUUAUCAAGGACUUAUAUUGUGUUUCAUUUUGAAUGUAAGAUAAGUUAUGCAAUGACAUACAUAUAUACACAC